ACGUCAUCCGUCAAGAUUGUUGGUCACGUGGUUAGUGUCAGUUGAUCGAGGAUCCGCGCUCUGAUUGGGUGAGCGGCGGCGCCGGAAGACGUUGUCUGAUUGGUUCUUGUUCCCCGGAACUCGCAGUCGUGGCGAAAGAUGGCUGCGGCUGUGCUGGAGGUGGAGAUCGGGGAUGCCGGGGUGAGGGAGGCGGCGGAGGAGCAGGUGGAUCUGUCAGACCUGGCCCCUGAGGAACGAUGGAGGGUGGAACAUGCCAGGAUGCACGCCAAGCACCGGGGCCACGAGGCCAUGCACGCGGAGAUGGUCCUCAUCCUCAUCGCCACUCUGGUGGUGGCUCAGCUGCUGCUGGUGCAAUGGAAACAGAGGCACCCGCGCUCCUACAAUAUGGUGACUCUGUUCCAAAUGUGGAUUGUUCCUGUGUACUUCACUGUGAAGCUUCAUUGGUGGAGAUUCCUGGGAAUCUGGAUCCUCUUCUCUCUGAUCACAGCGUUUAUAACCUACAGAGCCACACGGAAACCUCUGGAACAGACCACCCCGAGGCUGGUGUAUAAAUGGUUCCUGCUGCUGUAUAAAAUGAGUUAUGCGACGGGCAUCGUGGGAUACAUCGCAGUCAUGUUUACGCUGUUCGGUCUGAAUCUGCUGUUUCGCAUAAAACCGGAGGACGCCAUGGACUUCGGCAUCUCCCUCCUCUUCUACGGACUUUAUUACGGGGUGUUGGGCCGGGACUUUGCAGAAAUGUGCGCAGAUUACAUGGCGUCCACGAUAGGUUUUUACAGCGCGUCAGGGAUGCCGACCAAGCACCUGUCGGACAGUAUGUGCGCAGUGUGCGGGCAGAGGAUCUUCGUGGAUGUGAACGAGGAAGGAAUCAUAGAGAACACGUACAGACUGUCCUGCAAUCAUGUUUUCCAUGAGUUCUGUAUCCGGGGCUGGUGCAUCGUGGGAAAGAAACAGACAUGUCCGUACUGCAAGGAGAAAGUGGACCUGAAGAGGAUGUUCAGUAAUCC